AUGAGUAUUGACUAUUGAGUAGUGAUCAAGUUGCAUAAGAAUGAAUGAAAUGGAGGUUGGGUAGUAGAGAGAGAGUAGAGACAUAGAGUUAUGCAAUGCAUUGAAUAUCCCACCAAAUUGUGUAUCCUAAAUUACUUGUAUUUAUUCACUUCUUUCCACCCACUUUCAACCCCCACUAUAUUUCCCAAACUCCUUUAAUUUUCUCCUUGAAUCUUCAUCUUCUUCCUCUCAAACUUCACUGCAAAUUUUCCCUUUACAAAAGAUGGUGGGACCUGCCAGACCGCAGUUCGUGCUCUUCGGGUCAUCAAUUGUUCAAUACAGUUUCAGUAAUGGCGGCUGGGGCGCCAUUCUCGCUGAUCUUUAUGCUCGCAAGGCAGACAUUCUUGUGAGAGGAUAUACUUGCUGGAACUCUCGCCGUGCACUGGAGGUCCUUGAUCAAGUCUUUCCAAAGGAUGCUGAUACUCAACCUUCACUGGUAAUAGUAUACUUCGGAGGUAAUGAUUCAAUGGGCACCCACCCGUCAGGUCUCGGCCCUCAUGUGCCACUUCCCGAAUAUGUUGAGAACAUGAGAAAGAUUGCCACUCAUAUUAAGGGUCUUUCAGAUACAACUCGGAUUAUUUUCCUAAGCAGUCCUCCGGUGAAUGAAGACCGUAUUCGGGAAACCAGAAGUAUAUAUCUAUCGGAUCUAAUUCGAACGAAUGAACGAUGUCAAAAGUAUUCUGAAGCUCUGAUAGAACUGUGCAAGGAAAUGGAUAUGAAAGUGGUUGAUCUUUACACUGCAAUCCAGAGGAAGGAUGACUGGUUGACAACUUGUUUUACAGAUGGAAUACAUUUCUCUGAAGAAGGAAGCAAGAUAUUGGUAGAAGAGAUACUGAAGGUGAUCAAGGAAGCAGAUUGGGUGCCGAGUUUGCAUUGGAAGUCCAUGCCAACUGAAUUCUGUGAAGACUCCCCUUACUAUAUGGUUUCUAUUGAUGGAACUCAAACGCUCAACGGAUCUGACUGGACAUUUCACCGGGAUAUACAGUGGGACUAAACUGGUUUAAACUUGGCGGGAUCGAGUAUUUUCAGAGGAAAUGGAUGAAUGGCCAUGUACUAGCUUAUACUUUACCUUGAUUGUACUUUUAUUGUACACAAUGAACAAUCAUGGAUUGAUCAUUUACUCAUUUAGGCUUGUGUAGUUUUUUGGAAACUUUGUGGCUUAAUAGUUACGGAGUAUAUAGCUUGCUUAA